AUGGGAAGAACCUCUGAAAAAAAGGAUUUGACUGAUAACGACAAAAGAACCAUCGUUGUGGGUCGUCAAAAUGGACUGACCAUGAUGACGUUUGCAGGAAUGUUCGGCGUGACAGAGGCGUGCAUUUCUCAGUUCCUAAAGCGUCGGAAAGCUCAAGAUGGCUCUACUAACAGCCAACGCACUGGAAGACCACGUGUCACUGGUCGUAAUGACGAUAGAAACAUUUUGAAGACGUCUAGAACCAAUCCAAGACUCACCGCCCCUGCGAUCAGACGGGAAGUUUUCUUGAAUUCGCCAUCUCCGCCAUCCGUCUCGACCGUGAAACGACGUCUGAAGGCUGCUGGAAUCAUGAGAAGACGUCCAGUGAAGAAACCGUUGAUUUCUGAAAAGAAUCGAGCCGACAGGGUGAAGUGGGCGAAGGAGCAUCUCAACUGGACCCGUCAAGACUGGAACAAGAUUCUGUGGUCCGACGAAAGCAAGUUCCUCCUCUUCGGGAGAGACGGAUUUCAGUGGGUUCGUGGACCAAUUGAGUGCAGAUAUCAUCCAAAAUACCAAUUACCCACUGUGAAACAUGUUGGAGGAGCGUUUCGUCGGACCACAGAAUUUUGUUCCAGUCUUGACGGGUCCAGUUGAGAUGCUCCUUCGCCCACUUCACCCUGUCGGCUCGAUUCUUUUCAGAAAUCAACGGUUUCUUCACUGGACGUCUUCUCAUGAUUCCAGCAGCCUUCAGACGUCGUUUCACGGUCGAGACGGAUGGCGGAGAUGGCGAAUUCAAGAAAACUUCCCGUCUGAUCGCAGGGGCGGUGAGUCUUGGAUUGGUUCUAGACGUCUUCAAAAUGUUCCUAUCGUCAUUACGAUCAGUGACACGUGGUCUUCCAGUGCGUUGGCUGUUAGUAGAGCCAUCUUGAGCUUUCUGACGCUUUAGGAACUGAGAAAUGCCCGCCUCUGUCACGCCGAACAUUCCUGCCAACGUCAUCAUGGUCAGUCCAUUUUGACGACCCACAACGAUGGUUCUUUUGUCGUUAUCAGUCAAAUCCUUUUUUUCAGAGGUUCUUCCCAUGUUUGAAAACAUGAAAAAAAACAUAUGGCAACAUUAUUACUUUUAAAAAAUUUGAUAAAAAUAAAUAAAAAUAAAAGCAUAAAAAACAAAAAAAAUUGAAUUCAAUAAAAAAUUCCUAAAACGCGUCACAGUGAUUGCGGACAUGUCUUUGUAUACCAUAUAUGUUUCAAAGUAUAUUUUACAUUAUCCCUGAAAGUUAUAUAUAAAUCGGAUAAGUACUCGCUGAGAUAUCCUCAAAAAACCAAAACUUAAUAUACUUUUGAGCGGUACUGUAGUUUAGAUCUUGUUGAAUCUUAUGUAAAAAAUUUCCUAUUUUCAAGCUUAUUUCACAAUCGUCUGUCAUCAUUUUUUUUUCUCUAGAUUUGUUCGGAAUUUAGGAGCACGGCCGCGGUGCGGCACUUUCUGAUAAAACACUACGCUGGCAAUGUUCACUACAACAUCGACGGCUGGGUUGAAAAGAAUCGCGACCACGUUGAGACUUCCGUCCUCGAACUUUUGUCUCAAUCGACAAAUCCCCUUGUCAAAAGUCUGUUUCCACCAGGUAAUUCUAUUCAAAAAGAGAAAUCCACCAGGUAACUAAGUUUUUUUUCUUCUGCACUUUAUAAUUCAUUUCUCAUUUUUUUUUUCACUUCUAGUAUCGACAAGCGUGACGAAAAGCCGUCGAGGAACGCUGACUACGCAGUCCACCGUCACGUACAUCUACAAGGUUUGCAUUUUUCGGCGGCGAUAAUUGAAAAUGCAUUUCACAAGAACCAAUUGCAAAGCUUGCUCAAUACACUCAACAGCUCGUCGGCACAUUUUGUUCGCUGCGUCGUGCCAAACCAUGAUCGCGUUCCAGGUCGAAUCGAUGGUCAGCUUGUGCUCGACCAGCUUCGGUUAUCUUUUUUUUUUCUCUGCAUGAAAACGUUGAUUUUGUUUAUUUUUUUCGAUUGUCUGCUUUCCAAACUAGAAGCGACGGUUUUCAUCAUGCCCAGUAGGUCUACUCUACGUAGAGCUCUCAAAACCAAAUGUUUGAAAAAAUGAAAGUUUGAAAACAUGAAAAAGUUUGUUUUCAACAUUUCGAAACAAUUUCAUUUCCAAACAUUGAUUGCAAACGGCCACAAUCAAAUCGUUCAAGUUAUGAUCAAGACCAAAAAACAAACGUUUGUUAUUUUGACCAAACUUUUUUCAAACGAAAACGAACGUUUGGUUUUCCGAUCAAACUUUUUCCAAACAUUGAAUGAAUGUUCGUUCCGAUCAAACGUUCGAUUUCGAAAUUUCAAUCAAAGGUCGGUUUCAAUGAAAUUUUGAGAAAUGUUUGGUUGAACGUUCGUUCAAACGUUUGGUUUUGAGAACGAACUCUAAUGCCCAGGGUUUUUGAAUAUCUUUUCAAGUUUUCCAUAAACAAGAAAAAUUCAUUGCUUAGACAAAAUAAGAGAAAAUAGGGAUUUCCUACCAGUAUAGCCUGUGUAUGACGACUUAGAAUUUCACCAAUCAACAUUCCGCUGUGCCGCUUCGCGCUUUUAACUUUUUUUUUUCAAGGUAUUCUAUUGCCAUGAGAUCCCACAGCAAUAACAAUCAAUUGAAAGCGUGACCUAGAUUCGAAAGACGAUUCGCGAACGCACGCAGUGGAACAGCGGAAUGUCGUUUGGUGAAGUUUGAAAUUGUGGCACACAGACUAUAUAGUGCCAAAAGACGUUUAAAGAACUGUUUUCUUUCACAGCUGCAAUGGCGUUCUGGAAGCAAUUCGCAUAUGUCGCCAGGGCUAUCCAUCUAGGCUGCCUCACAGUGACUUUGUUGCUCGUUACAAGUUGCUUGGAGGCGACGAGCUGCUGAUCAACAAGACGUUGUUAAAAACGCCCAAAGAAGCCUGUCGAACAAUUUGCCAAGCCGUCGAGCUGGACGAAAGCCGCUUUUGUGUAGGCAAAACAAAAAUGUUCUGCAAGGUUGGCGUCAUUGCCGAGGUACGUGGCUGUAGAAGCCAAAAAGCUCAGUUGAUAAUUUUCAAUAUUUGAGUUAUUGGCUUAAGAAUUUCAUGGUUCAAUAUUUAAAAGAUUGGUACAAAAAAAUAUUGUUUUGAAGACAAAUGAAAUUUUGUUUUUGACCACCACUAAAGUGGCCAUAUUUUUGUAAAGUUUCAAAUUGACGCAAUAUAUAAUAUUUAAGUUGGAAAGCCUUCGUCGCGCACGCAUCGCGAAUUUCAUUACAAAAUUUCAAGCUCACGCGAGGUAUGGAUUCGCCCAAAAGGAGUUGGAAUCGAAAAGGAGUAGCUCGUAAUUUUUUCUUCGUUGUGACUAAAAUCCCAUAAACAAGUUUAGAGACGCAGUCUUGACUAUACAGCACAAUGUACGCAUAUUUUCAAAGCUUUCUCAGUGGCCGUGGCUGCGGAUCUUUCAGCUUUCAAGGGCGCUCAUUCCAAGAGUAAGAAAUAUUCAAGUCUGAUAAUGAAGAAUUUGACGUCUUUUUGAGGACCGAGAACGCCUUCGAAUCAAAGAACUGGAGAAGGAAACGAUGACGUUGAGAGAUGAGAUUCAAGAGCUAGAAUCCAGAAACCAAGAUACAAAACAAGAGCUGGACAAACUCAACUUAGUUGAGUCUGUGCUGUAAAAAGAUAUCGAUGCAACUUUUUCGUAGGUGUUAGAACGAGAAAGGGCAGGAAAAGAGACGUUGAAUAAAUCGGUCGAGGAUAUAAAAAAGGCAAAAAAAAAUCCAGUUUUUUUAAGAAAAAAAAUUUUCAGAAGUUGGCUGAUAAAGAGCGGCAAGUUCGGAAAACGCUGGCCGAGAUGGAGCAAAACGAAGACGUUUUCAGUCUACUCGAGAAAAAAUACAAUGAGCAACAUCAGAAAGUCAUGGUUUACAUAGUGUUUUUCAUUUAAAAAGGGCGAACUUUGGAAAUUUUAGAAAAUGAAUGACAUUUUGCGCGAAUAUGAGAGAAGGGCGGAACAGUUUGACAUGGAAAAAGCAGACUUGGAAAAGGAACUACGAAAGGUGAGCUAGUUUUUUUCCUCAUUAUCCGUUUGUUCAUUUUGCAAUGAACCAAAUUUUUCUCGACAAAACCCUCUAACAAGAAAAGUCAAAAAGAAAAAAAAAAAGAAAAACUAGAAACAAGAAAAAAUAAGCAUUAAAAAUGCAGCAUAAUUUUCAGAGAAGAUUUAAACAUGCUUACAAUCAAUUUUUUGCUAAAAACAGUGAGCGAUCGAAUACCAUCGAAGAGAUGAUCAGGAUUUGAAUUUCGGAUAGAUGAAUUUCGGGUAGACCGCGAAAAAAAAGUCGUGAAAAGGUAGCCGAAAAUAAAUGAGAUAACACGUUGAUUGAAUAUAAAGGCAGAUCUGCGAUUAAUAUUUCUGAAAACUAGACAAAUAUAAAAACCAAAGCGAUUUUCACGAAAAAAAAAAUUUACUACGUUGCAAGGUUCGAGAGCAACACCAGCGUGAGGUUGAGUCGAGCGAAAAGACCCGCAAAGAGGUCCUCGAAAAAAUGACAAUUUAUGACGAAUCGCAAGGACAAGUCACCAAAUUGCUCGAAGAAAACUCGCAUUUUCGACUGCAAAUUGCCAAGUAAAUUCACAUUUGAGUUGAAUACAGGUUUGAAUUUUUUUUUUUCUAGGUUGGAGAACGAGGUGAAAGACGAAAAAGCGAGGAACGAGCGCCAAAACAAUACAAUUGGCGAUCUCCAAAAGCUGGUAACCGAACUGAAUGUGAGAUUUUUCUCUUUAUUCAAUAAAAAAAAACACUGACUUCAGGAAAAGAUUGCGCGGUUUGACGGACUCAUGUUGAACGAAAAAAAUUUGAUGAGGAGGGCAGAACGCGACAAAGACCAGUUGAAGGAAGAGCUGAAAGCCGCCAAAGAAUUGAUUGAACGACAAGCCAAGAAAAUUGAUCAGUUGGUUAGCGCUUCCAAUUAAAAAAAAUGAACUGAAAAAAAAAACGUUCCAGAAAACCCACCUCACGCAAAGAGACAACGACGUGAAACGGCUGGAGAGAAAACUCGAGGACAAGGACGCCAUGAUGAAAGACUGCGUUCAAGACCUCAAAGAGAGCCACAAAGAGCGCGUCAAGGAACUCGAGCAGAAGAUGGACGACUUUAAGCGAAGAAACUCCAAGUUUUUUUAUCUUUUCAGUUUUUUGCGACAAUUUUUUUUUUGAAUUUACAAUUAAACUAGUAAGUGCCCUCCUUCCAUGCCUUCUCGUGGCAUAGAAAGGGGUGCACUACUUGAUCAUUGACAUUCGAACAUGGGAGGGUACAAAAUACUAAAUUUUGUCCAUUCAUCAGGUUGGAGAAUGAAAAUAGCAUGCAAAAAUCGCAAAUUGAAACGUUUGAACGCGAAUCUUCUGUCGACUCGGACUAUGGUGAGUAUUUCAACCUAUUUUUUUUUUGGAACUCGAAAUUUUCAGGAAGAUCUAGCUCUGGGCGCAUGUCCAUGUCACACAUCGGACGACAGUACUCGUUGACCUCUAUGGGCUCGUUUUCAUCGCUGCGAACAAUAGGCCUCCGACGCAAAGAUUCGGAAUCUGACCUGACGUCGUCCAUGUACUCGUUAAGGUUUUUACUUACUGGAAGAAGGAAUCUUAAAAACACAUCUUUUAUAGAAGACGAGACUCACUCUUCGAUUUGCCAACCUCGCCGCCGUCUUCUCAAGUGGGCCUCCAGAGAAGCCCAUCGACGACAACAACGACGUCGGCCGUCAUGGAAAAAGAGCGCAGGAUUCAAGAGCUGGAAAAGUAAUUGGCUUAAAAAAAAUGUACACCUUCCCUUUUAGAGAAAAAGCCGCUCUCAAAACGGACCUGCAGUUGGUCAGACGAGAGCUGGAAGUUUACAAGUCUCAGAUGACUGCGCUCGAAAUGGUUAGUCUGGUAGAUGAAAAAAGAACUCACUAGCCACCUUUCACAAUUAGGAAAAGGAAUCGCUUCAAACUAUGGUUCGCAAACAGACUUCGACACUGGUCGAUAACACGAGGCAGCUGAAUGCAGCUCAGGUUCGCUAUUCGAAAAAGAUAUUUCUUCGGAACUUAGAUCAUUUCAGAAAAACGUAGACAAUCUAGAGCUGCGGCUGAAAAGAGCGCUCGACGAUUCGCAAGUCUGGAAAAAGAAGCACGAAGACAGCGUUAGUGAGAGCAAACAGGAGAUUCUUGCCGAAAGGUUGUUUUUAUAUUUAUAUUUAUACAUGAAUUACAUUGGCAGCGACUGAAAACAAAUAUAUGUAGCUGCGCAAUCAAAGUUUUUCCAACCACCUUUUUUUUUUUAGAAAAAGAGCUUCCGAACGAACCGUCGCCGUUGAAAAAGAGAACGAGCUCAAACAGAGCCGCAUCAGCAGCGUCGAGAUGGCGAAAAACGAGCUCAGUGUUGAGCUGACGAAGGCACACGCCGAAAUCGACCGCUGCCGCGCUAUCAUUCUGCAGCUUGAAGAGAAUUUGCGGUCGCAGGUUCAAUUUUCUUUCAUUGAUUUUUCACUCAAGCUCGAUUUUCAGGAGACUCUAGGCGGCAGCUUCGAGAGCCAUCAGCGCAACUUGCAGUUUGAAGUGGAAAGUCUUCGAGAUGAGAAUUGUGCCCUCAAGGCCAAAAUUCGACGUCAGUACAAGCAGAUUGAAAUGUUGACGCGUGAGAUUUGCUAUUUAUUCCUGUUUUGAAAAAAAAAGAUAACUCUAGACCAAGACGGUACCAGCGACGAGUUGGCUCAUUUUCAGCAAAAGCUGCAGCGAAUGGAGGAGCGAUGA